AUGCAGCAAGAAGUUAACUUUGAACUAAAUUUAAAGAAAAAAGGAAAAGAAAAAUAAAUACUAGCCAUUUUUUAGGAAAUAAAAGAAGGAUAUCUUGUGGAGAGCAAUGAUAUUUUAGAGGAUUUAAAACCACUACUAUCUUAAUUACAUGAAUCAGAUAAGAAGAAAGUAGUUUAAGCACUAAACCAAUAUUUUAGAGACCAUGAAUUUGUAAAAAAUGGUGGUUUUUGGAUUUAAAAUUGGCUUGAUCCAAUUAAGAAAGUAGUUGAUUACAAAUUGAUUUACAAUUCAGACAGAUAAAAUCAUAAAUAUGAUUCUAUUUUAGAUAAUAUGAAGCUGAUAGAAUAUAGAAGUUAGAAUUAGAUCCCAGAUGAAGUAUUUGCUAAUUUAGAAUAACUAAUAAAGCUGAAAGACAAGUCUUUAUUAGUUUUCGAUUUGCUUGACUAUUAAUUAGAUAAAAAGGAUUUAAGUCAAAUAGAAAUUUUGUCAAUUUUAUUAGAGCUAUUCUAUUGCAAUUCGAUGUUUAGUGAAGAUUAAUCAAAAACAUUUGAACAACUAAUAGGGUCUCUUUUAGAAAAAUAAUUAUAUGAAAUUUGUUAUUAUUUUGAUAAUUUGAAAAAGGAUGAUCCACACAAUUAUUAGACUUUUGUAUAAUUCUUACAAAAUUUACAAUUAACCAUGAUUCAUGAGACUGACGAUAAUUUUUAAACAUUCUUGAAAACAAAUUAAAGAUACAAAGCUUUAUUGAUGAAUUUUAGUAAAGAUAUUCUAAAUAUCAGAUCAUAUUUAUAAUAAUUUAUAAGCUCCUUAAUUUAAACUCCCACCGAAUAAUGCUAAUUUGUCUAAGUUAUAUCAUAUGUUAAAAAUAUUGAAAAUAUAAAUGAUAAUCUUCAUGACUUAUAUGUAUAAGUUGUCUUUUAUUAUUGGAAAAAGUAUUGUAUCAAGUAUAAUUUGUAAACAGAUCUCAAAAUUUAAUAAGAAAGUUUACCAAACUUAGGUGGUCGUGAAAGAAAAUAGAAAUUUAUUGAAAGGUUUUUCUAAAAAUAACAAUCUUAUAUAUAAGAUAAAAUAUACCUAUUUGUUAUUCAUAGAAUUUGUUAUUUUAUUGAAGAUAUAGAUAAUAUACUAAGUAAAGAAAUGAAAGUAAAGUUUAUUGAUACUAUGACUAAUAAUAUGAAAACCUACCUAAACUUAAAAAAUAAAUAUAACUUUUUAAAAAUGUUUCUGAAAGACAAUUCCAAAUUUCAAGAGUAUUGGAAUGUAAUCCACUCAUUAAAAUUUUAUAAAUAGGAAAUUUUGAAUUAAAACAAUUAAAUUGAUCUACUCAUUACAAACCUUUUUUGGAUAUAUAAUCAAAAUCUUAGCUUGUUCAACCUAAUAAAUAUGCUCAUUUCAAAUAAUAAGGAAUCAUUUUUGGUUGCUGUAUAGCUAAUAGAAGAUAAAAUUAUUGAAAUAAAAAUUGAUAGUCAUUUUAAUGAAGAUGUAAAUACUUUGAAAAAAAAUCUUUUGAAAAUAGUCAAUGCCUUAUUUCCAUAAGAAGAAAAUAAUUACUUAUUAUUGAUUAAAUUAUUUGAAAAUUAUGGUAGUCUAAUACGGGCACCAAUGAUUUUAGAAGCUAAUAAGUUCAUAAAUACUAAAUUAAACCAGAACUCAUUAUCCUUUUUUGCCAAAUUAGGCAUAAAGUUCAUUGUAAUACAUAAAGUAUUUCCAGCUCAGACCCUUGAAAAACUAGCUCAAUAGCUACUAAAUUAUUUGAUGUCCAAUAAUCAAGAGAUGAUUUAUGAAUGUCUUUUAAGCUUAAAAUCUAUUUUUACAAUUAAAACAAUCUCCCUAUCAGAAAAUUUACAACCCCUAAGUAUACUCAUCAGUAAGUUUAGCCCAUAUAUUUUGGGAUAUUUGGUCAUCAUCAAUAAACCUUAAAAUAUUUCUCUUACUUCAGUCAAAUGGACAAUUUAUGCAAUGUUUUUAUUUUUUUAAUAAUUAGACUUGUCCCAAUAUCAUAAGGUAAGAAGAUGUAUAGAACAGCUUUUUAAAAAUAAAUGUUAUAAUUUCUACUUUGUUUUUCAAUGUUUAAGAAAUUAAAUUAAUUUUUACAAGUUAAAUAAAUUUAUUUAAUUGCAAUAUUACUUAUGUAAUAAUUAAGAGAAUAAAUUUUUAUAAUUAAGUGAAGAAUUAUUUUAAUAGGAUGAAUAAUUAUACGAAUAAUGGUUUACGAUAACUAAACCAUCUUAGGUGAUGCUUUCGAUUGAGUAUUUAAAAAUUAAAAAAAUUUAAUAAUAUUAUCCAAAAUAAAUGGAAAUACCUUUAGAGGAUUUCAACAUAUCAUUAAGUGAGUAUUGCGAAUAAGAAUAAAAAUAGGUUCUUGAGAAUUGGAUUUAAGAGAUGACAAACGCAUAAAUAUUUAACUAAAUUAUUCCUCUAUUUUUUAAUUUAAUUAAAAGAGGGGAAUCGCCUUAAGAAGUACUAAUUUUAGCCAAUGAAACUUUGUAAAAAAAUAAGUAAUUAGCAGAUGAAAUUGGAUGCUUUAAUUUAAAAUCAUUAUUUUAGAUCUUUUUCAAUAACGCAAAUGAGGAAUUAAGACUAAUCCUAAUGAAAUUUUUUUCAAAAGAAUUUCCUAUCCCCUUUUUAUACUAAAAUCCUAUCAUUGAUAAUCUUAAGUCAAAAACAGAAUUACUGCUUCUAAAUAGCAAUUUAUUUUACUUUUUUGACUAAGGUUAUACAAUAAUUAAUUUGUCAUUAAGUUAGAAUCUAAAAACAAUUGGUAAAACAGACCUUAUCAACACAAUCUUUUAUGGAAGGGAAAAAUUUGAAACUAGCGACAAAUGCAAAAUGAAUUAAAAUACGAUUGAUAUUAUGUUUGAUUUCGAAUUCAAUAAUUCAAGAAACUUUAUUGUGGCUGAUGUUCAUGGAUCGAUUAUUUUUGAAACUUUAAUAAAGAUUAUUCCGUUUUUUUAAUUAUGGAUAGUUUAAAUGGAUUCUGAGAAAGAAUUCUAGCAAAAUUUAGAUUCAAUUAGAAAAAUUCUAAAAUCCAUUGAUUAAUAAUUCAAGGAAGAGCUUGAAAUUUGUUUUAUUGUAAGAAAUACAGAGGAGAAAGAAUUAAUGAACAAAUAACCAAUUAUUUAUGAAAUAGAAGGUAAAAAUAUUUCAAUUAUUUAUAUUCAUAAUCUAGUUGCAAAUUAAAUAGACAAAUAAUUUAAAAUAAGUUAAAUUUAAAAUGUCUCCAAGUUCUUAUUUAAUAUCAUUUUCAACCAUUAAAAUAGACUUGCAUCCAGAUAAAGAUAACCCUAAUAAUAAUAAAACAAAUUUCUAUAGAUACUAGAAUAGUUUAGUCCGUAUUACACUAAUAACAUUUAAUAAAUAAACAACCAUAAUAAUCUAAUUAAUAAAAUAUAGGAAAAACUUAAUCUAAUAGUUAAUUCGCAAGAUGGAUUUUAUUCAUAAGAUGCAUUUCCUAUAAGGCGUAUUUUAUGGAAUAUUAAGAAAUUAAGAUAGCAAAAUUAUGAAUUAUGUUUGAAACCUUAAGAUAAUAAAAAGGAUAUUGACAGGAAUACAUAAUUAAUUAAGGACUUAGAAUAAAAAAUUGAUAAAUAAGAUGCAACUGAUUUGUUGAAACUUUUCUGUGAAAUUUUUAACCUAAAACAUUAUUAUAUUGUUUACCUUGGGAUUGUAGAUAAAAUUAGGCAAUUUAAUGAAAAAAAUUUAAUAGAAUUAUAAAAAACUGAUUUUUAAUUAAAUGAAUAGUUUAAUAAUUUAAACAAUGAAUUAGAAAAAUUAUAAUAAGAUCCCAAGAAAAAGGAAAUUAAAAUAUAAAUGUCUUAAUUGAAAUAAAAAAUGGUUACAAAUAAGUUAAAUAUUUCUCAAAAAAAUGUUGGUAUUGAAUUAUUUUGGAGAGAAUUAAUCAGUUUAAGAAAAUCUAUAUAUAAUAAUCUAAAAUUUGAUCCAGUUUAAAUACUCUCUUAAUUAAUUAAAAAAGGAGAAUCAUUAGAAUUCCUAGAUGGUGAUACUUUAUCCAUCAACACUGAUUUUUUAUUUGACUUAGAAAAUAAAAUAAUGUAGAAUAACCAAAAAAAAAUCUUAGUUAUAAGUAUAUUAGGUCCUUAAAGUUCAGGUAAAUCCACUAUCUUAAAUAAAAUCUUUGGAUGCCAUUUUUGGACUAGCAUUGGGAGAUGUACAAAAGGAAUUCAUUUAUAAAUCUUGUAAGUUUAAAAUAAAGAAUUAUUUCAAAAUCGAUUUGACUAAAUACUAAUUUUAGAUACAGAAGGCUUAUAAAAUCCAAAUUAAAAUGAUCCAGAAUUUGAUAAAAAGAUUGCAUUAUUUGUGCUUUCAAUUAGUGAUAUUAUUAUAAUAAAUGUAAAAGGAGAAAUUAAUUAAUAAUUUAAAAGUUUGGUCGAAAUGUGCAUUUUUACUUUGGGUCAUUUAAAAAACGGGCUCUCAAUGUUUAAAUAAUUAAGUUGGUUUUUCAAUUAAAAUGAUAAUUACAAAAAUGUUGAACCAUUUAAGCAAUAAAUUAAAGACCUUGCAUAAAAUUUAAAGUUGGAUGAAAAUUAUCAAAAUUAAUAAGCAGAAUAUAUUGAUUAUGUAGAUAUUUUAGAUAUAAAAGAUAAUAUUACUGGUUUAGGCUUUGCUUCAGAUUAAAAAGAUUGGGGUAAAAAUGGCUGGAAUCAAUCAGUUAAUAAUCAUACUUUUUCAAGAGAAGCAUAUAAAUACGGGAUCAAAAUGAUAAAGUAGUUUAUUUCAAAACUCUAAGACAAAAAUAAAUCUUUAAAUAAUUGUAAUCAAUUUUUUUAAAAUGCUCAAAGAAAUUGGUAAAGUAUAGAAAAAUUGCCUGAUUUAUUAGAAUUUAGUGAGCUAAUUUAGCAUUAGUAAAAUUUAAUGAUGAAAAGGUAUUUUGAUGAUCUUUGGAAAACAGAAGAUAUAACCUAAGUAGGUAAGAAGUUACUUUAAGAUACUAAAUUUCAAAUAGCAAAUCAAAAGUAAAUAGUUUUUGAUUUUUAUAAAUAGAUACUAUUAGAAAAAGAAAAUGAAAUUGAUUCAAUAAUUACAUAAAUAACAAAUAAAAUAGUAGAGAGUAUGAAUACAUUCAAAGGAGAAAAUAAAAUUUAGAAAAAAAUCAUGCAAAAAUUCUUGAAAAAGCUUGAAACUUUAAUUAAAAGUGAGGAGAUAUAAAAUAUAUUUUAUUAAAAAUUCUGUUGAUUCUUUUUAAUAAAGUAACUAAAGAAGUUGUAUGAAGUAGAAUAUUAAUAAAAGAAAGGAUAUGUUAAAAUUGAUAAUUUUAUUUAAACAGUCUUAAAUGACUAAAAUAUGAAAGAGAAAUUUUAGGGAAAUGACAACUUAAUCGAAAAAGAAUUUUAACAAAUUUGGGAAUAAUUUUUAAAUGAAUCUAAAAGAAUAUCAGAAUAAGAAUAUUAGAAGAUGGUAAAUAUAUAAUACAAAGCUCUUAAAUCUAUUUCUACUCAAUAUAUUUUAAAUACAAAAAAUGAAUAAGAAUAUAUGACAUUUUUGAGGGAAAAUAUAAUAAUAUAAAAUCCUAAUGAUUAAAAAAACAAGGAUUAUGAAUAAAUAUUUUAACUUUUUUCAAAAGAAUUCUAAGAAAAUAAUUAAUUCAUACUAAUACAAAAGAUCAAAUAAAAUUUACCUUAUCUUGAUAUCUUCAACUAAAAAAUUAAAGAGAAAAUAGAACAAUCUAAGGAUUAUAUUUUAAAUAUGAAAUAAUUUUACUCUUAGAAAAUCAAAUAUGAUGUUGUAGCAAAAGUUGAUAUUUAAUAAUAUUUAAAUAAUAAAUUUGAAUCGGAUUUUCAAAAGUUUAUUGCUAACUGUGAUAAUCUUAAUAAUUUAAAACGUUGUUAUUAACAAUUUAUAUCUCUAUUAGACUGUUUACUAAUUAAUUAUGAUAAAAAGUUAAAAGAAUAAUUAGAUUUUAUCAUAUCUUCUCCUUCAGAAAAUAAACAAUAGAUGAUGAGUUAAUCUCUGUAGGAAUUGUAAAAAUCGCUUCAAUUCUAUUUUAAUGAGAAUCAAAAAAUUGAUUUGUCUGACAAAACAAUUGGGAAAUAUUUUACUUAAAUUUAUUAAAAUUUAAAAGUUAGCUAAAUAACUGAUGAAUCAUGGGAUAAUAAUUAAAAAUUUAAAGAAGAAAUUACAUAAAAGUAUAUAAUUAUUGAGACACAUAUUGAAAUCAAAUCAAGUUAAAAUUUCUUUUUUGAAUCUUUUGACUACAUAAUGUAACCUCAAAUUGAUAUCCCUUCAUAUUUCGAAACAAAAUUUCCUUAACAAUUUAAUACAAUUAUGAUCAAUUAAAAUGGUUGGAAAAAACUGUAUUAAGAACUCUAUGAUUUAAUAAAAUAAGAAAUUGGCUAUUCAAAAUUAACAACUAACCAUUAGGUUUAUCAAAAAAAUAAAGAAGAUGAGAAUAUUUCAUCUUUUAAUCCUUACUUAGUUGCAAGUAUAAUAUCAAAGGUUGAAAAUAAGAUUAAAGUAUAAUAUAACAAUUAAUUUGCUUAAUUUGGUGUGAUUUUAUCUGAUGUUGGAGAAAGAUGCAUCUGUUAUUAUUGUAUUUUAAUUAUAUGGAGAUUCCUGUGUUAUUCAAGAUGGAAUUCAAAAAAUAUCUAAUAAAAUCAUUAGAAUAAUUAUUAAACUGAACUAACUCGAUGUAAAGCGGAAAUUAAUUAAGAUAAUUAAAAAUAAAGUUCGAUUAAAGCAACUCUAUUGACUAAGAACAUAAGAAUUUCUUCAAAAAAAAGUUUUUUAGCUAGAACUAAAAACGAAGUGUUACAAAAAAUGAGCUUAACAAGCAUGUCGAGCUUUGAAGUUAUAAGGAAAUUAGAUAAGGAAUUAUUAAUUGAUGUGAAUGAAAAAAUGUUUUAAGAUGACAAAUUUAAACAAAAAAUACUAUUGUAUACAACUGAUCAUAAAUCAUUUAUUAAUAAGUAUACAUAGGAUCUGUUAGUAUAAGCAUAAAAUAAAUUGUUAACUGAAUAUUCAAAGGAAUAUCAAUAACAAUUAUGUUUAUACUUAAAGAGUAUUAAAGAAAAUGCUUUAAUCGUCUUUAAAUACCUUAAGCAUUAAAAAAAGGAAGUAAAGACUAGAGGGUAUUUCAAGGAGGAUGCCAAUUCCAAAAAUUAAAUAUUUUAUGAAAAUUAUCUAUAUAGAUUACUUAUUUAAUGUAUUUUAGGUAAAAAUAAUGAUAAAAUUGAUAUAAUCGAUCAAUAAUACCAAGAGAUCUUUGACAUUAGCAAUUACAUUCCUAUAGAUAAUGCAUUUAAUAUAAAUUGGUAAUUAGAAAAUAAGCAAGAUCAAUAGGUUUAUAAUCUAAAGUCAUUUGUUGAAACAUUAAUCGAAUAAAUCGAUAUAACAUUAAGUACUUUAGAUUAAAUAUUGUUCAAAUAACAUGAAUAUUAACUUGAUGUUGAAUUUGAUAAGUUAAAAUUGAAAAUGAAUGGUUGUGAAUAUACAUGCCCAUGUUGUAAAAGAAAAUGUGAUCAAGAUUAUGAUAAAGAUGAUAAACAUACCCAUUAAUGUUAAAAUGGCCAUUAAAUUAGAGGUAAUUUAUAUUCUGUAUCAAGCGAUCAAUGGCAUUUUGAUUAGUAAAACUAAUCCAUCGUUAUUCACUUGCGAAGAAAUUCUUGAUGAUUGCAAGCUUAAGACCCUUGAAACUAACCAAUAGAAUACUUGGAGAGAAGUCAAAAAGAGACAUUCAAAUUGGAAUUUCAAAAAUUAAGAUGAAACAAAAAAUCAUCAGAAUAACUCCAAAUGGAGAAAUAUUUGGAAUAUUGGUUUGGGAAAAUUAAUUUGUUCACAUCUAGAAUAAUAAUUCAAUCAAGAAGUCACAUUCUUACACAAAUCUGAGUUCAACAAUGAUACUUAAAAGAUUCAUUAUAUUCUCAUUCUUGACGAUUCAAGUUCAAUGCAGGGAGAUAAAUGGGUUAAGGCAUAAAGCGGAGCUUUACAUAUUAUAAAUUGUUUAUAAAAUAGAAAUUAAGUUAGCGUUAGCGUUAUAAUCUUUAAUGGAGAUGCAAGAAUAGUAGUUGAAUGUUAAAAACCAAAUCAAAGUGAAAUGAAUAAAUUAAUUCUCUUUAAGGGAGGCAAUACAUCUUUUGAACCUCCAUUUAGGUUAGCACUAGAAUUGAUUUAAAAAAAUACAACCUUUGAUAAGUAAAAAGUUAUUAAUUCUUAGAAUUUCAAUAUUAUUUUAUACUGAUGGAGAGGCAGGCUAUCCAUCUAAUAUAAUUGAUCAAUUUUGUAAGCUAAAAAAGUAAAUAAGAAAGCUAAUUAGCAUAAUAGCCUGCUCUGGAGAAUAAUCUUCUCAAUCAUUAGAAUUAAUAAUAGAAAAAUUCUAAUAAAAUAUGUAAUCAGGAGAAUUAAGGAAUUCUGUAUAGCCAAUGGAUCUGAAAAAAGUUUGGACAGAAAUAGUGAGCUAAAAUAUUCAUUCCCAGCUUGCAUGA